AUUAGGUUUUAUUCACUAAGAUCUGGCCACAUUGUUUUUGGCAUGAAAACAUUUAAUUCAUUACAAGCGAAAUGGUGUGCGAUUGGAAUUUGCGAUUCAAUUUAGUAGGAAAUUAAAAAUAUAAUGGCUCUGCUAAGAUUGAAGGAUGUCUAUAGUUUGUCCAUUCUCUGCUUAUUGCUGAUAACUGUCAACAACGUAUCUGCUGCGAAUCAAACAAUAAAGAAAGUUCUACCGCCUGAUAGUGCGAUGGCAGAAGGUAAUAUAUUCCAAGAAACUGAAUUAUCAACUGUCGUCGUUGAUAAGAACUCAAAGCAAGCAGUUGAAAUGGCUGAAAAGACAACAGCAGCGAAGCAAAAUGCAAACGAAGCAGCUGUCAACCAAGCUACUACAAAACGUACACAUGCAGCGAACCAACAAAAGCAGUCACCCUACCUAUCGGAGCAACGCACGAUAAAACCUCUAGAGCAUUGGGUGAAUACGGUAGAAGAAUCUCAACACAAUUUAAAAGAGGUGCACCUCGACUAUGAUGAUGAAGAUUUGCCCGAUUCAUACAUAACGGGAUUCUAUAUAUUCUUGGGGCUAAGUAUUGGGGCCAUGCUUUUUAUUUUCAUAAAAGUGUAUAGGCUCCGUUUAUCACGUGCAGAACGCAAGUACGGUGUCCAAGGUGAUCGUAGUACACAGGAGCUGGUCCCUUUGCCGGUUUCUAUUGAAGAUGGUGUUAGCGAAGAUGAAGAUCAAACCCUAUUUGAAGUUAAUCGCCAGCAAAUUCGAAUAUUAUGAGAUUUGAAGAUUCUCAAACUUUACCUACUGCAUCUUAUGUAGAUCAAAAUUCUUAUCGAAAUUUUGAAUUCCCAUGAUAUGUUACUGAACUUUCUUUAUUUGAUGAUUAUUUAAUAUGUUCUCAACGUAGAAAUGAAUAUUAUGUGAGACUUUAUUUUCCAUUUGAUAUAAUCUACACGAAACAAAUUUGUGAUACUAAUAAACUAUUUAUGAAUUAAUGUAUGUA